AUGUCCUCCCUCCGUAUAGUCCCUGCUGGUCUCACGACCUCUAACGAACCUCGGGUCAUCUCAGAUCAAGCCACGGCUCAUUCAGUAACCGGAACCCACGAUGCGUUGCGUCAUGGUCUCACCACUUCAGCUCAUGCUGUAGCUCCGAACACUGUCAGCCCUCUUCAGGCUCGGCUUCAAAAGUGGCAGAAGACGCAGAAAGAGUUACAACAGACAUUAGAGCGUAAUACAUUUGGUCUAGGUGUCCCGUUGAGACGAGAAAUGGAGCUCAAGUUGGUAUCAAAUUCACCUCAUCACCCCCUCCUCAACGUAGCCACGACUUCAUCACUCCCUCUAGGCGGAACUCACAACAUCGCCCUCGAGAUUCUACAAGGGACAGAUGAAACUCUCGACGCUCCUGAUUUCAUGGCUGGGGGUGGUAGUCUGGGUGAGGUAUUGGAUAUGACCGCUGUGAUGGAGCGAUCGAGGGGUAUCUGA